GUGCACGCGGCGCGCAGCGGCAAUCUCAAGGACGAAAUGUUCGCGAUGUUCGACGCCAAGGAUGAAGGCCAGCUGUCAGACGAUGAUUUGCUGCUUCAGUCGUGGGACGACCUGAAGCGUCCCAGCAAGUUCUAUAACGGGUACAACGAGGUGGACCACUACGUCAAGCAAGGCAACCUGGCAGAAUAUCUGGGGCUGAAACCAGUGCGUGCCAUCCACGUGCCCAUCCCCGUCAACCUCAUCUUCAUCGGCUUUAAUGGCACUGGUGACCACGGCAUGCGCAUGCGGGAGGGCGACAUGAGGCGGUGGCUGCAGCGCAUGGACCACGUGGAGGAGCACACGCGCGCACCCCUCAACUGGCCUUCCCUCCUCGCCCGCCUCGCCCACACCAUGGGGGCGGGCGGGGAGGUGGUGCGCAGUGAUGAUGAUGACGAGGAGGAGGAGGAGGAGGAGGAGGAGGAGGAGGAGGAGGAGGAGGAGGAGGAGGAGGAGGAGGAGGAGGAGGAGGAGGAGGAGGGGGAGGCGGAGGGGUUCGAGCAUGACCUGCCGCUGAUCAGCAGCGUGCACUACAACUACACGGUGCAUGUGAUGGAGAUGGGCGAGCGCGUGGCCUCUGUCUUCGAAGCAGCAGUGCGCACGCUCUCCCGCCCCGACGACCCCACCGCCGCCUCUGACGACGACGACGACCCCGCCGACUCGCCCCCACACCCCCACCACCCCUCCUCCUCAUCCUCCUCUUCCGCCUCCUCCGCAUCAUCAUCAUCCGUGGGGGGUGGCGCGGGGCAGCAGCAGUACCAUCAGGUGGACAUGGGGGCGAUGGCGCAUGUGCUGGACAGCCUCGUGGACUCGCUGCAGCUCGACGCCUCCGCGUACAAUGUGAUUGUGCUCAACCUCAACCGUGCGCGCUCUCGCAAGCGAUAUGGGUACAGGCUCGGCCUGUCCAAUGCAGAGUUCAACAUGCUUAAGACGGACGACCGGCUGAGGCAGCAACUGCUGUCGCCAGGGCUGGAGAAGGUGCCGCAGGUGCUGGACGAGCAGCACGUGCCACAGCCACUCUUUUCCUCGCGCCCAGGGCACAAGCUAGCGUGGCGCCACAUAGAGCCGCAUGAAAUCCUGCCGUGGGCGGCGCGGGUGACAGCGCUGCUGGGGACAGUGGAGCGAGUGGUGAGCGAGCGGGGAGACCCGCGUGCCAACGCCGCCCGCAAGGCGCAGCAGCUGCUCACCUCGGGGGACCCCCGCCGCGCCCGCGCCCUGCGCGCCGCCCUGCAAGAGGCCGAUGCCAGCUGGCAGGAGCAGUGCCUCACUGACACGUGGAUUGGCACCCGCAGAUGGGACAGCGGAUGGAGGUUGUUGGAUGGAAGCAGAGGGGUGCUGGAUGUGCGUGCACUGCCCCUCCACUUCCCCAUCGCUGCCCCCCACCCUCACCCCUCUGUCAACACCCCCUUCCUCACCACCAGGUGGGCGCUCAUCGACCUCUCUGCUGGCCCCUUCUCCUGGGGCCCUCUCUCCCCCUCCACCCCCCGCGCUGCUGCUGCUGCUGCUGCCCCCCCCACUGCUCUGCGCAACACUGCUGCUGCUGGCAGUAGUGGCGGUGGUGGUGCGGCAGGGGGGAACGGCAGCAGCAGUGGCAUGGGGAGAAAGUGGAGCAGUAGCAGCAGCAGUGUGGUGGUGGUGGAUGUGGGGGUGGGUGGCAGUGCAGCAUGGGGAGUGAGGUCGGAGGCCAGCCUACCCUCCGUGGAUCGAUACUUCCACGCCCUCUCUCACUCCUCCUCAGAGGCGUGGGAGGGCGAGUUGAGGGGGCGGUUGGAGCGCAUCGCGGAGGAGAGGCUGGAGGCGGUGGAGGAGGGGGAGGGCGGUGAGGGCGAGGGGCAGCACGGGGUGGACGUGCUGCUGGCGGAGCUCGACGUCUACCACGCCUUCGCCGCCCGCCACUGCACUCACCGCGCCGUCCCCAGUGCUCUCUGCCGUGAGCUGCAGCAGAAGCUGGAGGAGGUGAAGGACGAGGUCGCCAAGCAGCAGGGGGGGGGUGGCACUGCUGGCACUGCUGGCACUGUCUUCACAGGGCGCAGCGUGCGGGCGGCACUGGAGCGCCUGCACAGCUGGAAGUUCCAAAGCGUGCCGCCCGACAGGCAUGCGGGCAAGGGCGAGGCGGGGGAGAGCAGCCCUGCAGUGACGCGUGCGUGGGACAUGCUCAUGGCUGAGCUGGCGUCCACGCUGGCGUCCGCCAUGCGCCACGUCAUCACGCCGUCCACAGCUGCUGGCGCGUACCACUUCUACGAGCGCGUGUCCUUCCACCUCUACAUCAUCUCCCACCAGGCGUACUACGAGAGGCGCCACACGCCACAGUACGUGGAGGACUUCAAGACCGAGGUGCAGAAGCUCUGCCUGCCGGGCCAGCGCUUCCAGUUCUCCACCUACCGGCUGUCAGUGGCAGAAGACGCGGCCCUGGCAACGGCCUUCUCCGCCUCGCUGCGCGCCGCCGUGCUGCCCACCGCGUCCGCGGCUGGCAACGUGUCAGCGGGGGGGCGCGUGCAGCUGUACCUGGACUCGCACGUGCUGCAGCACCAGCUGCGGUCACUGGGGGACGACAGCCUGCAGCGAUUGAAGCGCACGCGGGGGGAGCGCGCCCAGCUGGACGUGCCGGUGUUCUUCUUCGCCAUCGCGUCAGACCCCAUCCUCAUCGACCAAUCGCUGCUCGCCAAGUCACUGCCCGACAUGGUGCUCUCAGUACAGCUGCCGCACCGCCACUGGCCCACCGGCGUCGCCUGCAACGGCAAAGAGAUGCACGUCGACCUGCGUGACCCACUGGCGGCAGUGCUAGCGGCCACAAUGGAGCACCUGGCGGGGCUGCUGCCAGCUCACAUAUCCUUCUCCGCCGCCCACUCCGCUGUCGUUCAGGACUGGCGGUGGGCGGCAGGGGGCCAUCCCUUGGCAGCCAUAGGCGGGGGCCUGCUGGGCGGGGGAGGGGCGAGCAGCGCUCACAUCUCGGAGGUGCAGCGGGAUGCCAUGGCGCGGUCGUUGGUUGUGACGGCGCUGGACGAGGCCGUGGCCACUGUCAACCGUGCCGUUGCACACCUCACUGCUGAGACCACCCACGAGGACACAUAUGCGGUGUUCAAGCGGUGGGAGCGGCAGCUAGCGGGGCAGUACAAUGCGGUGGUGGAGGGGUGGCGGCGAGUGGCGGCAGCAGUGGAGGCCAUGGACUAUGGGGGCGCGCUGCACCUGCUGCCAGGCAUUGAGACCGCUGCUGCAAGGUGGGAGGGGGAGGUGCGGGAGGUGGUGGCGCUGCUGCACCCGGCUCGCUGCACCAAGCAGCGGCGCCUGCAGGUGGGGCGAGGAGGGCUGCUGCCGCUGCUCUGCUGCCUGUCCGUGCUGUUGCUGCUGCUGCUCUGUGUGCUGCUGCGCAAGAGGAAGAUCAAACCGAAGGUCAACUAG